CACUGUACAAUCGACUCAAGUGAAAUGUCCUCGUGUCCUGACGCUUAUACGCAAAUUUAUAUAGGUUUUAUUUUUCCAAAAGAUAAUGUACCAAUUUGAUUGAACAACAGGUCUAUAUCGUUAUAUACUAUUUGGAAUCUUCUAUGGGAUUUAUAUAUUUUUAAGAAUGAGAACUGACAUGGAUGAGAAGAUAAACAAAAUAAAGACACAAAUACUCUUCGGAGUCACCAUCCAUCACCACCCUGGCGCAUUCCCGCAUUAUAGCAAUACCAACGUACAAUAAUCGAAUGCUAUGGAUUCCGAUAUGAAAACCGAGAACCCAAAAGCACUUUAAGCGUUUACAUAUACAAGAUCGUGCCAUCUCGAUCCAGAGUAGUUUACAAUAGCAUUAUGGACAAUGAUGAAUUUGGAGGGAAUGACGAAGCCGGCAAGAUUUACAAAAUUGCAUGUGUGACGAUUUUGCAGAGGUCGAUUUUAACUCCUUCACAUCUGAUUCUGAAAGUAGGUUCAUUCAAUAGAAAAGGAGGUAAAUGGCAAGAACAAUGCUGAGUAUUUUACAAUACAUUGUUUGAAAUAUUCAUCUUUUAUCUUACAAUCAACAAGCAAAUUACGAGAUAACCACCACGAUUCGAUUUAAUAAAUGUUAACAUUUCAACAUGAACAUUCAAUAGAGUGACAGAGCACAUUAGUGGCGAUUGUUGAGGCAUCUCCGUCAGAAUGUAUUAGCCUUUCUAACACGGAUCCAGGACGAUUUGGGAACAGUGAACGAUUUAUUAUGAUGUUAAGCCUUUUUUGGAAGUCGAUACGCAUGGAAAUAUACAUGUUUAAAAGUGUGAUGGCAGGGAACACAUGUUUGCAGGCUUAAUAUCAAUAAUGAAAGGUAUACAAUGGAUAACGCUGUAUGUUGGCUACUGGUGCCUUUGUAUGCUCCUAGCUGAUGAAAUUUUACCUAUUAAUGCUAUUAGUGAUUAUAAGCACUUGGAUAAUACAUACUGCGGACUGCAAGAUAAGAAUACAGAUAACAUAAAGAAGAUAUACAUCGGAGGGCUGUUUCCUCUAACUGGUGACACGUUUCAAUCGGUACGAGGGCUCUCGGAGUUAGAAGCUGCAAGAUACGCUCUGGAUCUUGUGAAUGAGGAGAGCGUUAACCAAGGAUUUUUAUUGUGCAUGUUCCAUAACGAUACCAAGUGUCACACUGGAAUUGGCGCUGAUGCGUUGUUUGACCAAUUCUACCGCAAACCACCGAUGAAGAUGCUCCUUGGAUGCGCAUGCUCAGAAGUUUCGAAGCAUAUAGCAACCAUCACACAAUAUUGGGACGUUGUAAUGUUAUCAUAUGCAUCUACGUCCGUGGCUCUAUCAAAGCGGGAAUUGUACCCAAUGUUUUUCAGAACCGUAACCCCAGACUCGUCGCAAGGCAACGCACUAGGAGCGUUUCUCUUCAACUUCAAUUGGACAACAGUAGCUAGCCUGACUUACGAUAUAGAGCUGUACUCGCUUGCAGCAAGGGAAAACAUUGAUUUAAUUGAAUCAAAUGGAAAAGUGGAAUUUGCUACAAAAGCUUUGUUCGUUGAUGAUCCAGGUGCAGAACUUGAUAAGAUAAAGGAACAAGAUCGUCGAAUAAUUGUGGGUACAUUCGGUGAAGAAGAAGCUAGAAAGGUUUUCUGUGAGGCUUACAAACGUGGAAUGCACAAAAAUAAGUACGUAUGGCUUCUAGUUGGCUGGUAUAGUAACGAGUGGUGGCGUACUACAGAUGGAACGUCAUGCAGUCGUAAGGAAUUAAUGCGGGCCACGGAUCGUGUCUUUUUUAUAGAUAGUUUGAAUUUAGCAAUUGAAGAUACACCAACAGUUUCAGGAUUGAAACCAUCGGAAUUCGAAUCAUCGUUUGCCAAACGAUCAACUGAGCCCAGCAGUCCUUACGCUCCACAGACGUUCGAUGCAGUGUGGACCAUCUACCUCGCACUCCGCGAUACGAUCGCGGUCAUUGGCCGAAAUUCAUCGAUGAGUCAAGAUGAGGCUGUUGAGCUGCUCUCUAAUCUCGACUACAAUGAUAAUGAUCGCGUACGCGAGAUACUGAUGCAAGAAAUGGCAAAACAGAGUUUUAAUGGAGUGUCGGGAACAGUUUCAUUUGAGGGACCAGAUCGCCUGGGAGCCACAAGAAUACGCCAAAAGCAAGGCGAUAACCUAGAGAUGGUGGCGCUAUUCUUCCCUGAAGACGGUGGUUAUCUGGACCUGACGUAUCGAGGGUGUUCUCCAAUAGAAUGGCCAGGCCGAGUUCCUGUAGACGAGCUGACGCACGUGGAGAAGCCGUUACACGUGUCUUCAAGUGCCUUGAUUGUAGUCGGUGUCAUAAAUGGAUUUGGUAUAAGCGUCGCUUUAUCCUUCCUCGGAUUCAAUAUUCGCUUCCGAAACGAUAAAUCAAUUAAAAUGUCAAGUCCAAAUUUAAACAACUGUAUUGUCGUUGGUUGUAUACUGGUGUACCUAUCUGUAUUGCUUCAAGGAUUACACACGGAAAUAAUUCCCGUUUCAUCGUUUGCCCCGUUAUGUACAGCACGUGCCAUGCUGUUGUCUUGCGGGUUCUCGUUGGCUUUCGGUUCGAUGUUUGUGAAAACAUAUCGAGUAUACCACAUAGUCACCCACGCUACAAGUCGGGGAUUUGGUAAACGAAUCAUGCUACGGGAGUCCAUAUUGUUUGCAAUGGUCGGAGGUUUACUAGCAUUAGAUCUGCUUGUGUUUAUUAUGUGGGGAAUAUUCGAUCCAAUGUACCGCCACGUGACUAGAACGCCAUCCCAGGUGUCGGAGGAUGAAACAAUUGCAUAUACCUUUUGCGUCGAAAGUUGUUCGUCUAAGCAUUCGCAAAUAUGGCUGGGAAUAGUAUACACUUACAAAGGCUUACUGCUGUUAUUUGGAGUAUUCUUAGCAUGGGAGACCAGGAAAGUGAAAAUACCAGCGUUGAAUGAUUCUAACUACAUCGCAUUAUCUGUAUAUAAUGUAGUGAUGCUUAGCGUGAUUGCAGUGGCCGUAUCCAGUCUUGUGAAGCAGCCGCAGCUGGUCACCAUAACGUUCACUUUGGUGACAGGUUGCCUUUUAACAACGGCAACGGCUACCCUAGCUCUUCUUUUUAUACCAAAGGUGAUAGCAGUACGUUCAAAUCAUUUAGGCGACCCAAUCAGUACUUCUGUAGGUCUAGAAACUAGAGGACAAACUCGACGGCUAAUAGCUGAUGAAUCUACUGAGUUAAAAGAAAAUAUAUACAGAUGGGAAGUUCAGAACAGAGCGUAUAGGAAGGAAUGUGAAAAGCUGGAGCAGAAAAUUGCUGAAUUAGAAGCCAAAUUACACAGUUUACAGUGCGAGGAAAGGAUGAAUUUAACAGAAAAUCGUUUAAGUACAAUUUUAUCGGAAGCAAGUGACGCGUCUGAACUUCUCCUCGAUCUACCUGAAACGACCAUAGAUAAUUUUAAUGGUAGCCCCAGACCAGAGUCACGUGAGACGUGUACGUUACUAGAAAGAGGUGAUUCUGGUCGCCAUUCUAUGGAUUCGAGACAAACACCAAAGGAAAAUAUGUAUUCAGUUUUUUGUGUGCAAGACAAGGAACAACCCUCUACUGAGUUUUGUGUUAAUAACACACGUGUUGAAGUUAUCUAUGUAACUGAUGACGCGGACAAAGAGGGUUGUGUUUAUUGUAAUUUACACAAACAAGAUUCUAGAACAUAUUGUGAAUGUAAAACUGAUGAUACAAAUUUACUGUUUUCAUUAAAUCGAAAUCCAGCUUCUUAUUCAAAGUUUGAGAACUCGUCAUCACCAAUAUUAAUUGAUAAACAAUGUCAUGACAACGCCCAUACACAAGGUGCUGAUGUUACUGAUGAUAAUUCAGAUUUCUUGCUUCUUGACGAUAACUCUGAAAUGGAGAAGGAAUUACACAAUGAACGGCACGUUUUAGAAUGUAAACUAAUCGAUCUAGAAGGCACUAUACUUUCUUCCUGAUGUUAAUUAUCAAAUGAUGGUAUUAUUUGAAGGUCAAUGGUGGGAAACUACAUUUGCUGUUUCAUUGGAAAUAAUUCAUCUUGUAGUUUGUGCAUGUCUAAUGUCAAAGGUCAAUGCAUAUAAGCAAUCAUAGGGAUGUCAUAGUGUUCCUUUAUUUUAAGUAUUUGAAGAUUAUUGAGGUAUUCGGCUACCUUAUUCGUAAACACCAACAAAAAUUAUAUAACACAAAAAUUCGUCUGUUUAUAUACUUUGAUAUUCGACAUCUUGUAAAUUCCAAAUACGAGACGGCAUGUUUAAAGAACUGCUGUAAUAGGUUAUUUUAUUUAAACAAAUUAUGUUCUGUCGAUUUUACUUACCUAUUUAGGGAUCUGAACUAACUACCGAUACGCUGCAAUUGCCUCCAAAGCCCUUUGCCAACGUCAAAUCUUAGAUUUGCUGUAUUUAUCAUUAAAAUAAAGUUAAAAACCAGGAUGGAUGAACUGAAUCGCAUGGAAGUACAAAUGAUAAUAAUAUAAUAUAAUAAUAUAAACAUUUAUAUAGCGCUCACAUGUGUUUCUAACAUAAUACGCAGGGUCUCACAGCACUUAUAGUACGACCAGUCGAUUUUAACGAGGCUUAUUAUUGCGGGACUUCAACAUUAAUAUAAAAAAAGUAGUAUGAUAAAAAACAUAAAGCGGGAUAAAAGUAAUGAAGAAAUAAAUUAAUACGUCGUAUAAUAACACUUAAGCUCUGUUCAACUUUUAUUUGAGAAAAACAUGUGGCAUGCCGUGGACAUCAUGACAUCACAUCCUGUAUAUGGGCACAUCAUGACUAUAUAUGGGCACAUCAUGACUAUAUAUCGGCACAUCAUGACCAUAUAUAGGCACAUCGUGACUAUAUGGGCAAACAACUGUUUGUUGUCAAAGAAAAUCUCAUAGUCUGGACAGGGACUUACGCCUACAUCAAUGUCAGCGGUUGUGUCCACACACAAGCAUUCGUCAACAGGCUUAGCAUUGCCGUGUAUACUUAUUUCUAUAUAUUGCCGACAUCAUCAUAGGUUGAUUUUAUUAAGCUAGCCCUAAAUUUUAGUCGCACAAGAGCAAUUAAGACGGGUUGGCGCAAAUGCAAGUAACGCUACAACGCCUAAUAAAACAAAGUAUAAUGAUUUGCUUAAUGGACCUUUCCUUUAAGCCCCGCCCCUUGGAAAUUGUUGCUAAGGUCCCACAAGACGACAUGUGUUAAAACAUACGCAAACACGUGCGUUUGUGGGACAACACGUGUGUUUGUGAGACGCGCGCGUAUUCCUAGCACUUUUCUGAUUAGUCAGUUGUUAAGUUUGAUUGACACUCCGGAAAGGUCUAUUGAAUAAAAUAUCCAAGAAAGAGUUUACAAGAAAGUGAUAUGCAAAGAAAAUAGGUAAGCUUCGUUUUAAUGUGUAACAUUUUAUUUUGUAGAUGAGGUAAAGAAAACCGAACAUAACCGCCUUAAUAUAGGAACGCAGUACAGUACUAAUCAUAUUACAUUUACAUUUUUGUAUAUAUCAUUACAUGGUUGUUCUUAUCAUUUUCAUUCACGGGUUCCACGUGAGACAAGUAGUGGACCUAAAAUAACUUAUGACUUUUAAAUUCGAAAUAUUAUAAUUGGUAAGGUUUCAACGUCAUUAUUCACGGUCACAUGUCCAUAUUUUACGGUCACGUGGCUAUUAUCUGUAACUGGCAUAUAAGUAUAAUUGAUAUAAUUUUUCGUGUUUGUUUGUUGAUCAAAGACAAAAUUAAUCGUAGUACAAAUCAUUUUAUAAUUGAUAAUUAAUUAUAAUAAAAGGUUGCUUCACUACAGUGCGUCAAAAUAUAAUGCAAAUUGCAAAUAGUAGUGUUUAUAAUAAAUUAUACAGUAUAAUACCGAAUAUUAUUUGGUUUAAUGUACAAGAUAAAAAAAAAAAAAAACUAUGUUUAAGACAACAUAUUCUAAAAGUUUACCCAUCAACCAUUGUCAAACCUGUCUCUAUGAAACAUAUAAAAAUGAGGGAAGCAAAAUUAUUCUAUUGAUUUAACACUUUUUGCCAAUUAUGCGCGCGUGAGCUGGUACUCAUGUCGCUAAACUCGAUGUGCAAUCAAAAUCUACUUUGAUAGUAGUAUGAAGCCCUGUCCAGAAUAUCACAUUUUCUUAGACAAAAAAAACUGUUGUAUGCCCAUAUAUAGUCAUGAUGUCCCUAUAUAUGGGCAUGAAUGGGCAUGAUGUGAUAUCAUCAUGACCAUAUUUAGUCAUGUCACAUGUUUUUGUCAAAUAAUAUUCGAUAGGCAAUGAACAGGGCUUUAGAUAUUAAUGAUUGGUAAGACUACCAGACUACCAUUUUUUUAAC